UGUUUGAUAGCAGCCAUGUGGCGUCGCCUUGUGGCCACCGCACUCGCUCUCACUGCCUGGCGCGCGGAUGAGGCACUGGCAAAGGAGGGUGUGUGCGGAGCACACAGGCAGGAUUGCCCCAGGUGCAAUGCUUCGUUGAGUAAGUGGUCCCACUGCAAGUUGGAUGCGGAGCACAGCUUCGCAGGUGGCACAACUGCGUUCCUUAAAAGCCAGGAUUGCCCCGUCGGCAUGGCUGUCUUUGUUAGCUCAACGCGUACUGGCAAAUAUAACUCAACCGAGAUGGCAGACGUGUUGAUGAGAGCUCCUGUGGAUGCUGGG